AAAACUACAAAAAUUAGAACGGAAAUGAAAUUGUAGAUAUAAGUAAACAAUAUAGAGAUCAGUGAAUAGAUGUAAAUGUGUACUCUGACGGCCUUUAUGUCCGUUAAACAAAUAUUCUCAAGAGUUUACACUUCCAAUUUAAAGGCACAAUUAAAUUUUAGCUUUUGUUUACAACACUUAUUGAAAUCUAAACUAUGUAUAUAAAAUGUUUAUUCCACCUCCGAUCUUACCAUAGACAACCAAACGAGGGUAUAACCCAUGAUCUUGUAAUUCUAAUGUUAAAUUGACUUGAAAAGUAUGGAUUAUGACAAUGACUUGUUUUUGUCGGUAUCAUCUCAUUUAAAAGACAGAGAUUCAGAAGCCAAAAUGACACAUUGUACCGAGGUUUAUCCUGACCUUUUUGUGGGCACUGAUAUGCAAUCAGAGAAUAAGAAGGAGCUAAUUAUCAUGGGUAUAACUGAUGUCAUAAGUUUUGAUGUACAUUAUCUAAGUUCGAAUUUCUACCGAGAUUCAGGAAUCAACUAUCACCCAGUGGAUAUAUCUGAUGAAGCGGAACCAACAAGGAAUUAUAUUCCUCUGUUUUUGGAAACAGCAGAUCUAAUAGACAGAAUCAUCAGAAAAGGAGGUAAAGCGUUUUUGUUCUGUAACGCUGGCUACAGGAAGUCUCCGGCAGUGGCUAUAGCUUAUCUAAUGUCAAAACGAAGAAUGCCUUUAACAGAGGCCUCCAUACAAAUAGCCAAAAUACGCAGGAUUUUACCUCAUGAUGGACUUAUUAAGCAACUUUGUGCCUUAAACAGAAAGCUGUAUGGAGUAUAGCACAAAUCAUACAUUAUUAUAUAUUUUUAUAUGGAAUUUGUAGAAUAUAUAUGUUAUCAACCGCCUUAUCCCAUGUGGGAAAUCAUCUUUCCUUUUUGACAGUAAAUACAUUAUGA